GUUGAAGCAAUGCAUGUGGAUUUACCAUGAAACUGACUUCAUUCACAUUCUUUUAAGAUUUUUUUAAGUUACAAAUGCUACAGAAACCUGAUAGUCCUUCACCCAUAUGUAAAUUUUUCAGUGCACUUUCUGAUGUGUAUAUAUACAGCAUGUUAAUUUAAGCUGUUAUUAGAAAUUAAUUCAUCACUUUUUUGUUUUCAUAAGCAUAGAUUGAACAUCUAAGCAGAUAAUGUAUCCAAUAGUUUUGUACCCAGACUGGGUUGCCUAGUGAGAGCAAAGAGGUGCCUGGGAAUCAGCUUGGUGAAUGACUUUUAAAGAUGGGCUGUCAAGGGCUAACAGUGGCCUCUAAAAACAGUUUAAUUUACUGAAACAGUAAGUUCUCUGUUACCCAAAAGUCAGAGUAUCUAAUGCAGUAAAUAUUGGUUAUUGUUUUUCAUAAAUUCAGCCCACAGUUAAGUCAGAUUUUCUUACUGUUUGUCAUUUGUGUGAAGCUCUUUGUGUUUGCAGUCUCAAGACACACUUCUUGGUGCUAAAGGACCAACUGAAAGUAAUUCUGAAAUGAUCUUCGAGGUGGGACCUAGCCAUUAAUCAGAGUGGCUAGAGGGGAAAUCCAGCAGCAUAAUGAAAUAAUCCUGUCUUGCUGCCUAGAUUGCAGACACUGUUCAAAUACGUGCAAUACAUUUCAGUUUCUAAAUUUUUUUUCCUCCAUGUUUAUUUAGUUGUCUUGGUAAACAUUUGAUUAAUAGUGCAGAGUGCAUUAAGAUAUUUUCACAUGCGUGUGUACAUGUAUACACAGGGGGUCAUGUCUGCAAAACACAAACACAUUCCUUUUCAACAUGCUUCCUACUCAGUCUUUUAUUGCACCUCUGCUUAUUCUAGUUGCUACCACAGUAAGCCUCUGACAGGAAAAAAGUAUUUCUCCCUACAUAUGACAGUUUUCAUGCAAAGCAAUGUCUCAGAUGUGGGGUGUUUGUGCAGAACCAGGCAUUUGCUCUGCUGGGCUUGAGCAAGGACACAGGAGUGGGGCUGGCGUGGGGAUGGGGGGACUCAGGACUGUGCCCAUCAGGCUGGUCCUUCUCAAGGGCUGUGAAUUCAAGGGCAAGUGGGAGGCAAUGCCUGAGCCUUGUUUUUUGGGUCCUGGUAUUCACUAUUCAUCACACAUUUCUUUUGGUGAGGUGAAAAGGGUGCCCAGUCUUCCUAUAUCCUCAAGGAGCCUCAGUGGGGCCAGACAGUUUCCUAUGGAAGACAGGUGGCAGCUUCCUUUGGGAUCUAGUGGCAGCCAAGCUUCAGAUUUGCCUGCUGUGGGUGGCAGUUGCCAGCUGCUCUGGUGUGACAUCCCACAGACACUUUGUGUGUCUGACACUAUGCCUGUGACAAAAAAAAAAAAAAAGUGGCAUGGAACACUCUGUAAAAUGUUGUAUUUUUCAAAAAAGGAAGAAAUAAAAUUAAAUAGUUGUUGCAGUUUUUUGGUUUUGUUGCUUUUGUUUUUUUGGGUUUUUUUUACUACAGAGAAAGGUAGUAAAUAACUAACAGAAGACAGUUGUUUCUAGUGCCUGUUUUUAGCUAAAAUAACGGGGGUUAAUUAUUAAACCUUUUACUUGGUCGCUCACUUGUGCUCCUGAUGCUUUAAUCCUGGGUCACACAAAGUUUAAGAGUGCUUUACAGGGGAAACUCACUUCUUUUUGCUUCAACCUUUCCAUGCUGACGGGAUGUUACGGGCUUUGCUGUUUAUAAUUUCUGUAGCUGCCAUUGCUCAUGCUGAGCUCUGCAAGCCAGAUGCACAGAAUGCUUUCAAAGUGCGGAUUAGUAUCAAAACAGCUUUGGGAGAUAAGGCAUAUGCCUGGGAUGCUAAUGAAGAGUACCUCUUCAAAGCAAUGGUGGCUUUUGCAAUGAGAAGAUAUUCCAGCAAGAGCACAACUCAAAUUUCCAAUGUGCUGCUCUGCAAUGUGACAGACCGGGUGUCCUUUUGGUUUGUGGUCACAGAUUCUUCCAAAAAUGUGACAACUGUUCCUGGAAGUGAGGUAGAGGCAGCCAUCAGGAUGAACCGGAACAGAAUCAACAAUGCCUUCCUACUGAGUGACAAAACGCUGCAGUUCCUGAAGAUAACCUCAACCUUAUCACCUCCUGUUGAACCCUCUACUCCUGUCUGGCUUAUUGUAUUUGGUGUUGUUCUUUGUCUCAUUGUGGCUGGGAUUGUUUUCCUCGUUGUGUCAGGGAUCCAGAAGCACAAGAAAAAGAAUAAAGAGUCAACAGAGAGAGAAAAUUUAGAAGAGAAAGUUGAAGUGACACUAGAAAAUGGGAUUCCUUGUGAAGCACUGGAUUUAAAAGCAGGCCACAUUAAUGGAGUCUUUGCAGCAGAUGAUGACCGGUUCACAUCCCUAUGAAAUGCUGCCACUGCUCUCUGGUGGUUUUCUGAAAGACUCCUGUGCCUGCCUUUUCUCAUCACUACUCCUGAAUGUCAAACAUGAAGACAAGAAAAAUGUCCCUUCAAGUAAUUUCCCUUGAGAGAACCUUUUGCUUGGGUGAACCUCCAUUACAGUUCUUAUUCAUGAGCAACGCCAAUAAGAAGGCCUCAGAUAAUAUCCAAAAAAGAUUUCCAGAAGAUGUGUGGCAGAACAGGGUUGGAAUCUGCCUUGUGCCAGGCAUCUCAUUUUUAAUGAUUAUUUAAAUAUGUCCAUUGUUUGUUUUUCUCUGACAUAAAUGUGAAACUGCAUUAUUCCUGAAUUUCACUGGGGAGAUCAUCUAUCAUUGUCAAUUCUUGAUGGGUUUUUUUUCAAGCCAUAUGCAAAAGUUUCUCUGUAAAAUUGUUUCUGUUUGCUGCUAUGUAGUAUGCCUUUAGAUGGAACAGCCAUCAGUGCAUGAAAGUUUUCAUUUAUUGAGAAACAAAAAAGCUUUCACAACCUCUGUAAGACCAGGUCAAACUACCUGGAUCAUGUGUAGCUCUUGGGCUAGUAAAAAUCUGUACUAGAAGUGUUUGUCGCUUAACUAUCAAGGUUACAAGCUGUAACUUUGUUGUGAGCUGGAAAUUAAACUUGAAAUUAGAAGUUGCAGCAAAGGGCAGAUUUUCCACAGGUGCAGGCAGUGUUUUGUGGCCCAACUCUCAUUAAAUCACAGAAUCACAGGCCAGCUUGGGUUGGAAGGGAUCUUACGACCAUCUUGUUUCAAUCCCCCUGUCAUGGGCAGGGACACCUUCCACUAGACCAAGCUACUCAGAGCCCCGUCCAGUCCAACCCUGAACACUUUCAGGGAUGGGGCAUCCACAGCUUCUCUAAUGCCUCAACAACCUCACAGUAAAGGAUUUUUUCCAAAUAUCUAAUCUAAACCUGCCCUCUUUCAGUUUGAAGGCAUCCCUCCUUGUCAUGUCACUACAUGCCCUUGUGAAUAGUCUUUCACAGCUCUCUGGAAAUGUCUUGCUUACAGUUUUUAAUAAUAAUACUGGAGUAGAUUUCCAACAUAGCCAGCCUGGGGUCAGAUGAACCUUCAUGUUCAUGUGAUAGGUGGACAACUUUUGAAAGGAUUCAAGGUGUGAAACACCAACUGCUGAAUUUGGUGCAUCUGAUCUGGGUAAGUGAUACAAUUCUGGCUGUCUUCAGAAACACUGGUCAACAGAAAAGGGGAGUUCUAUGUGUGGAUAAGUGUAAAAACAGAAUGGAAAUGUGUUGAAGCAAAAUAUGAUAUCUGCAGUCACUAAACAUCUGCCCACAUCACUAGAGGCAGGAUUUGACCAUUAACCAUCCUGUUUCCAGUGUCAUGUCUAGAGGCAAUAUUAGAAAACAUCUUUGCUUAUUAGGAUUAUUUCAUCAGACUCUUCACCAACAGGAACAGGCUUAAACAAAGUAAAAGGUAGUAAAAGGUUUUCCUAACGGACCAUCCAGUGUCCUGAACUGUCCAAGGUUUCUUGUUUCCCAGGGUGGAAAUCCUUCAGGCUUUGGCUGUAUUGAGCACCUUUGACUUGUCUCUGUACUGGCUCUUAGGACCAGUGUCAGCAGAAAGGGAGGAAUGGGAAGGAGAAGGGAAAGCAGCAGGGUGAAAGGGGAAAGCUGAGCAAGGUUAGGGGAGGCAGGAGAGAGGAGGGUAAAAUGCAAAAUAAAACCAUGGAACCCACUAAUGUGGUCUCAUUUGUCACAGUUGUCUUUGAUGUCCUGCUGGUGGGUCCCUCGGGACAAGGACUGCAUCAUUUCUGUGUCCCAGUGUGUGCUGCUCCAUUCUGAAAAGCAUUAAUAAAAUUGGUUAUAUAAUAUAAUAAAUAAAUAAAUAAAUAAAUAAAUAGACAAAUAAAUAAAAUAUCUCAGUGUUUCAAAAUUACCAUCCACAACAUGUGACUGUAUUUCUCACAGGAAUGUUGAAAAUGAAGCUUGCCAGUGUUGCAGGGGAAAUAUAGAGUACACUGUUAUUGUUACUGCCUCAGUUGUUGCUCCAAGGUCUCUCAUGCAAAGUUUUAUUGAAGUAAUUCAGAUCCCAUCAUUUCUAAACAUUCAGACUUUUCCAUUCUUUAUAUGACAGACAGCUACACCUCAGUGUGACCACAAUGGACUGAUUGCUGUGUCUGCAGCACAUCUGCAAGAACCUGUGAAAGAUUUUGGUGAGAACAGCUUAGUACUGCAAGAGCAACCUCAAGCUACAGAUUAAGAAUUCUUGUUUUCCUGUAUUGUACCAUAUGAUACUGAAAUAAAAUUCUUUUGAAAUGAAAAA